GUAGUUCAGCCUCGGCAUCGUCUUGGUUAUCACAUCAAACAACCUAGUCCCGAGUCCAACAGCGACACCCGGCUCUCCAGACUAGUCUCUUUCACCCGACCUAAAGCAAGCGUUCGAUAUUGCGCAUUUGAUCAUUACGGUUGGUUGCAGAGAUGGGCGACGGUGAAAAGGAGAACAAGUCGGAGCCGCAGGCCACGGCCCCUCUUCUCCCUGGCGCCGAGCCAACGACCAAACCGAGGCAGCAGAGCGCAUCCCGGGAAGAGACACUCCUGCAGGCCAGGAGAUUCCUCCAGGAUGCCCAAGUGCAGAACACAACGCCAGAGCGCAAAGUCGAGUUUCUCAAGAGCAAGGGCCUUUCAGAGAGCGACAUCGAAGGUCUGCUGAAGGAGGUCUCUCAAGAUGGGCGGCCUGAAGCACAAGCCUCGAACCCGGUCAAGGAGGAGAGAAUAGAACCGCCGCUGGCAAAGAAGGAAGAUCGACCGCCCAUCGUCACAUACCCCGAGUUCCUUACAAAGCCGGCGCGUCCACCACCCCUCGUGACCGUCAAGGGCUUCCUCAACACGCUCUACGCCUUCGGCGGCCUGUCUACCCUGGUAUACGGCGCAAGCAAAUAUGUCGUCGAACCGAUGGUCGACGCACUCACCGAAGCGCGCAUCUCGCUGCACGACACUGCGAACCAAGACCUCGCCAAGCUGGUCGCGAAGCUGGAGAGCACCGUCUCCAAGAUCCCGCCCCUCAAACCUACCGCAAUUGUCAAGACGAACCCAGCUGCCGACGAUGACAACGAGACAGCUAGCAGCUACGACGACCCGACGGAGCUUUUUCACCGCGACAUCGGCGUGCAGACCUCGCUGCCGGCCUCACCCGUCCUCCAACACCAAGCCCCUCAACCCACCGGACAACAAGGGACAACCGCCACCGCCACCACAACAACAGCCGCCCAAACCCAGCACGUGGCGAGCCUCACCGCGACGCUCAAGUCGCUCAGCGAGGACCUAGUCGACCAGACCGAGGCGCUGGGCGACGUGCAGACGGUGCUGGGCCUGGUGAAGCAGGACGUAGCCCAGCUGGAAGCGGCGGCGGUCUCGACCGACUUCGUCGGCGGCGGCUUCUCGCUGUACGGCGCGGCGGGGCGGAACGAGCCCGACGACGAGAUCAAGCGGGCCAAGGAGAACAUCCGGCGGGUGAAGGGCGUGCUGCUGAGCACGAGGAGUUUCCCGGGGAGCAGGUGAGCUGCGCUGAGUUGGGGAUCGCGCGGUUGGGGAGGGGGGCGCUUGCAAGGGCUGUUGGGGUGGGCUGCACGAAGCUGUCUCUGGGGGUCGGGGUAGAUGUUGCAGG